AAGUAAACAAUGUCUUUGUUAUGUCGUGCGAUUAAUCAUUAAGAAUGAGUAACCCAUGCUGAUGUAAACAAUAACAGAAAGAAAGAAACUUUGCCAUAUGACAUAUAUGACAAUCUGCUACAAGUGAACACAUGAGACUAAAUCGUCCAGUUACAUUUUUUGUCCAACAGAUGGCGCUAUCCGUUCGCUACUAGAGCUUCGCUAUUGGUAUCACACCGAACCAAGUGUAUACAAAGGAACUAUUUACUGUUGGUAGCUGAGGCUACUUCCUGAAGUGUACUCCGGCUGUUUACACACAUGUGAAAAACACGUGGAUCUGAGGGUAGUCUUGUUUGUGGGUAAUUUAUUUUCGAAAAUGCCGCGUCGGGUGGUGUUUUUCUGGUGUCCGCAGACGAGAUAGGUAACAUAGAACGUUUCUGACUCCGUUAUUCGGCAUCAAUUCUGUAAACUGAUUUUUAAUGAAUUUUUUUCCUCUAUAGUAAUAUAUAGUGAAAAUAAUUACCGGUGUGAUACCUUGAAUACCAGAUAUACCUUCAACGGGAAUAACAUAGUUAUGCUCCUUGAAAUUGAAUAUUAUUUAUUAAUAUUUCACUUGAAUGAUAAAAAAAACCCAGAUAUUAAUAGUCUUACACCGUUUCAAAACGACGCUACUCAAUACUACAUGUACUAAAAGGGUAAAUGUAUAAAUCUAGGGACACAAUUUGGUACUCAACAUUUUUUUUUCUUCUAGAUAUUUGAUAAAUACUACGGUAAGUAUCUGAUUAGCGUAAAACAUAGCAAAAAACCUAAAUUUCGAAAACUGGUGAAAAGAUGUAUUUCAGACAUCGAAAUUUUUCAUUUUAGGAGCCAGGUGAUAAAUCUUAAGGAAGAAGCACAAAUAAGAGAGAACAGAAUUUUUUCGUAUAAAAGCCCGUCAACUGAUAGUUGAGCCACGUGAUAUGUAAAUAAACAGGGCUCACGGAUUUUAUACUGAGGCAUCAUAUUGACUGAGGUUUUCUAUGCUAAGAUAAUGGGGAGAGUGAAGCAAUCCAAGUCCUCUCCUAAUGACCAGCAGGUCAGUUUCCGGGCCACUGACCAUGGGGACAGUGUCCUGGCAGGACUGAAGUACCUGAGAGAGAAACAAAAGCUGUUUGAUGUCACCUUCCUUGUAGAGGGACAGAAAUUUCAGGCACACAGAGUGGUCUUGGCAUCCUGCAGUGACUACUUCAGGGCAAUGUUCACAGAUGGAUUGAUUGAAUGUCAGAGGGAUAUUAUUCCAUUAAAUGGAGUCACAGCGAAAGGAAUGAAAAAUCUAAUUGAUUUUGCAUAUUCAUCCAAACUACUUUUGGACUUUGAUAAUGUGGAGGACAUUCUAUUAUCAGCCAAUCAUGUGCAAAUGCUGCCAGUACUGCGAGCCUGCUCUGACUUCCUCAAACAACAUAUGGCUAUUGAAAACUGCAUUGAUAUGCUCAGAUUGACAGAUUUGUUGUGUAUCAGAAAACUGAAGUGUGAUUUACUCAAGUUUAUGUGUUCCAACUGGACCAAAGUGUCAGUUACUCAAGACUUUUGCACAAAACUGACUGCAAAUCAGUUUAUAAGUAUUUUGGAUAGUAAUAUGCCCAUGAACUGUUCAGAGACGGAGAUCUUGUCUACUGUGGUCAGUUGGACCAUGUAUGACCUUCCCUCAAGACAACAACACUUUUUGCCUCUAUUGAAGCACAUACAGAUACAAAACAUUUCGGGCUCAACUUUACAUGCAAUGACCAACAAAGCAGAAUUCGAGAGGCUUCUCACUCCACAUCCAAACUUCAAGAAUUAUUUUUACAUGUCUUGCCUUGAACUCAGUCCAUGUUUAUUGGAGUCGGGCCUGGUCAAUAAUAGAGGGUUUACCAAGGCAUUGGUUUGUGUGGGCGGAUUCAGUCCAAACGGUGGGAUGACCAAUGACCUUCGAUUCUACAGUCACGUUACCACCUCUUGGAAAACCUUCACAACCAUUCCACAUAUCAAACAGUGCAAUUUUGGUUUAUCAGUAUUAAAUAACGAAAUGUUCGUUGUUGGGGGGUGCUUUAAUGAUCAAAUUCAAGAGGUUGUUCAUCAGUAUGGUUUCAGGUAUAAUCCUGAAAAGGACACGUGGAAAAGUAUAGCGCCCAUGAAUCAUGAGAGAUGUCGGUUUUAUCUCGGUGCACUUGGAGGGAAAUUAUACGCCAUUGGGGGAGAUCCAUCAGCAAGCAAUGACGUUUCUUUGGACUCGGCCCCAUGUGAGUGUUUUCUCCCAGAGGAAAACAAGUGGACCGCCAUUUCUCCACUGCCAGGAAAUCGCUCCCAACAUGCAGGUGUCGUGUUUCAGAACGCAUUGUACAUUUCUGGUGGUCUUCAGGAUGCAGAUGAAGACUUCUAUACAAGCUUCUUCCGAUAUGACCCAGUAUCAGAUAGUUGGACUGAAUUAUCUCCCAUGCUUUCUCCGAGAGCGGACCACGCCAUGUUUAUUUAUGAAGGACACAUUUACGUCGCUGGAGGAUGGCACGAAAACCCUAACCAGCAGCGGAUAAUGGUCGCCGAUCUGGAUCGCUAUGACCACUUGGCGGACAGAUGGGAUACCGUGACAACUGUCCCAGAUCCUCGUUUAUAUGCAACAUAUACCGUAAUGGACGGCAAGCUCCACAUUGUAGGAGGGUGGAUCAACGGAAACUACCAACGCAAAGCGCAAUGGAUUCAAACAGUAGAGAUGGACACGUUUUCCAUAGCCACGAAAAUGAUGGGGCAGAUGGAAGUUUGGGAACAUAGUUCUUGUUCAUUGUAUAUACCAAGUUGCAGACAAACUGAUAAUUGAUAUGCUCUGUUUUCUUGCCAUUUUAAGAAUCUCGUAUUUGAAAUGAAAUCCGACUUCACCAUG